CUCUCUUAGGCAUCCCGGCGUGGGUAGGAGUCGAUAAGGGCUCUCGGUCGGUGAUGGAUGUGUGCGGAUGAGGCUCAGGAGCCGCGAUUAAUCAAACCCUGGGCAGGUUGGGAUAGAACGAGCAGGAGGGUGGGAACUUCGUCCUCUUGGGGGAAGGUUCAAUGGACGCGUUCACCAGAAUGCUGCCAGAUGCAGGGAGAUGAUAAAGGCUGUUUUUGCAGCUGCUAGGCUCCUGCGGAAGGCGCUGAGAAGCCCAAAGACUCAAAAGCCCUGUUGUUCUCAUCGGGGGUUCAUUAUUAUGCUAGUUGACUUCCUACUGGGGAAAAGAAGAAGCCACAAAGAGGACACUAACAAGCAGGGGCGGGGGUAGGGGGCAGAAGGGGGCGGGGAGGGACUGUGCUUUGCAGCGGGGUAGGUUGUCUGCGAUGGAGUACACGUGAAUCUUUACAGCCAAAUGAGCAGAGAUUCAAUCUCCUGACCCCCAACUCGCGGCUCUUGACGCUUCCCCUUUUGGUUCCUUGGCUGAGCCCAACAAUUUUCUAGAGCUGGGUCGGUUCAGCUAGGUGGUUAUCCCUUCUGGCUGCCAGCUGAAAUGUCGGGUGGCUGCCGUGUGACUCCCCCUCCCCCCGUGAGUGAUCCAUGUUCUCAGGACUGACAAUCCCAAGCAGCUCCUGAGGGGGGCUGAGAGCAAAGAUCUCCCUUUAGGAUGCACCCCACACGCUGCAGCCCAGGAAAUCUCAGGAAUGAAACAGAAGAAUUAAUGUAAAGUCGGCGAGCUGCCUGCUGGAAAUCUUCAACCCAGGCCACACGAGUGUCUUGGAUUUCUUCUGAUCUUUACCAGCAAAAGAUUUCCGGGCAGUCCCCAGGCAUCCCCCGGCUGAAGAAGGAGGAAGAUGGCUUCCAUGCUGCUCAGUCGACAGCUGACCUGUGCAAUCCAGCAAUAUUGCCGGCUGUUUGUUCCUGGUUGCAGGUCUGUCAGCCAAGCUGCAGCCAAAAUUGAUGUCGACUUUGAUUAUGAUGGACCUCUGAUGAAGACUGAAGUCCCUGGACCUAGAUCUAGAGAAUUAAUGAAACAGUUGAAUGGAAUUCAGAAUGCAGAAUCUGUUCAUUUCUUUUGCAACUACAAUGAGAGCCGAGGAAACUACCUGGUGGAUGUGGAUGGCAACCGGAUGUUAGAUCUUUACUCUCAAAUUUCCUCCCUUCCUAUAGGUUACAGCCACCCUGCUUUGGUAAAGCUUGUCCAGCAGCCCCAAAAUGUGGGCACAUUCAUCAACAGACCUGCCCUUGGAGUAUUUCCUCCAGAUAAUUUUCCUGAAAAGCUAAAAGAGUCCUUGCUUUCGGUGGCACCAAAAGGCCUCUCCCAGAUUGUCACAAUGUCCUGUGGAUCCUGCUCUAAUGAAAAUGCCUUCAAAACUAUAUUCAUGUGGUACAGGAACAAGGAGAGGGGCCACACUGCUGCCACAAAGGAGGAGCUAGAUACAUGUAUGAUUAACCAGUAUCCAGGUUGCCCGGACUACAGUAUCCUCUCUUUCAUGGGUGCAUUUCAUGGGAGAACAAUGGGUUGCCUAGCGACCACUCACUCCAAAGCCAUUCACAAGCUAGACAUCCCUUCCUUUGACUGGCCCAUUGCUCCAUUUCCCCGGCUAAAGUAUCCUCUGGAAGAGUUUGUGAAAGAGAAUCAACAAGAAGAGGCCCGAUGUUUGGAAGAGGUAGAGGACUUGAUUGUGAAAUACAGGAAAAAGAAGAAGACUGUGGCAGGGAUUGUUGUGGAGCCCAUCCAGUCAGAGGGCGGGGACAACCAUGCAUCAGAUGACUUCUUUAGGAAGCUGAGAGACAUUGCUAGAAAGCAUGGCUGUGCCUUUCUAGUGGAUGAAGUACAAACUGGUGGGGGAUGUACUGGCAAGUUCUGGGCCCAUGAGCACUGGGGAUUAGAUGAUCCAGCUGAUGUAAUGUCCUUCAGCAAGAAGAUGAUGACUGGAGGAUAUUUUCACAAGGAAGAGUUCAGGCCCAAUGCUCCUUACCGGAUUUUCAAUACUUGGCUUGGAGACCCUUCCAAGAAUCUGCUGAUUGCUGAAGUCAUCAAUGUCAUUAAAAGAGAAGACCUCCUCAGUAAUGUUACUCAUGCAGGAAAAGCACUAUUGACAGGGCUGCUGGAUUUACAGGCCAGGUACCCACAUCUCAUCAGCAGAGCAAGAGGUAGGGGAACAUUCUGCUCUUUUGAUGCUCCAGAUGAAACAACGAGGAACAAGUUUAUUUUAAAAGCCAGAAACAAAGGUGUAGUGCUGGGAGGCUGCGGUGAUAGGUCCAUCCGUUUCCGUCCAACAUUGGUCUUCAGGGAUCACCAUGCACACCUUUUCCUCAACAUUUUUAGUGACAUCUUAGCAGACUUCAAGUAAAGGAUUAUUUUUCCAUUGCACUAAAAAGGUCUCAACCUCUACAACUGUCAAAUUGAUUAGUUUGCCUAUGUCAUAUUUUCACUUAAAGUACCAAAAGGAGAAUCCAUAAACUGGAGGGCUGUUUUUUGUUUGGUAGAGUUGGGCUGGGUGGGUGGGUGGGAGGGUGUGUUAGGUGGUUAGGAGGAAGAGGAGGGGAUUGGUUUGGGUCUUCUUUCCAACUAAGUCUAUAUCAUAUGCUGAUUUCAACACUAAAUUCCUCUAGUGCCCUGGACACAGGCAAUCUUUGGGCAGGGCUGUCAGCACCCUGCCUAAAUUUCUCUUUUAAAGCCAGUCGUGAGACCUGUGCAUGGGACUGGGAGUCAAAAAACUCCGGAGUUUCAGGUCUAAUAUCAGAUCCCUUCAGUGGCCAGUUUGUUUAACUUCUUCCCUAUGCAAAAUAACAACAAAAACAAAAUGGGAUCACUCUUGUCCAGCCUCACAGGGAGCUUGAGAAGUUUCCUUUCUUCACUGAGGUACAGAACUAAGGAAUAAAAUUGUAUGACAGGUAUAGAAUGAUGAGGUCAGGUCAAGACAGAAUGGAAAAGAGGGGACUGCCAGCCCUCUUAGAAAUGUCAGUUGUGGCCCAGAUGUGACCUGACCUCAGGGGGAUUUCAUCUGGCUGGCUUAGUGGUCAGCUUUCAUUUUAUUUCUCCCAUUUAUGUCCAGUGGAGGGGGCAGGUGCUUGAGUCUUGCCAAAAGGUCUGCUAUCAGAGGCUAAAGAAGGCCUCUAGUCUGACUAGAAGUUUGGGAAAGAAGGGAGUGAGGAGAGGAGCACAGAAAACAUUGCUGCUGCCUUGGACCUCAGACAGACUCCCCAUUUCCAUACAUAUCUGUCAUUCCAAAUUGCUUGUUAAUGUUACUGACUGUCAGGUAAUACUUUCAUACACAAGAAUUGCCAUCUCUGGGUUUCCAUAGGAACACAGUUUAAGGGAAAGGUCUGAAGCACAAGCCUGCAGCCUCACUCCUCAGAAAACAACACUGGAAACAGGGGCCACAGAAUCACUUAAUCUUCUUGUCUCUGAUAAAGAAUAUAAUAUUAGAGGUCUUUCACCCUAUCCUCCACAGACACCUUCCCACUCCCAACAAAACAUUGUUCUUUGUCUCUACAUGUUGUUUUUCAACAUCCGCUCCAUUUCUGAGGAGCUCUGUGAAAAGCUUAGCUGUUAUGCAGAGUAAGUCUGUUGCUUGACUAGAUUCUUCUUGAGGGAAGCAUCCAUAUUAAAGAGAUUUAUCAAUUCAUGUACAAGAACUGUAAAUAUGGAAUAUUAAUUGCUGGUUUGUUCUGGGUGGAUUCAUUGUAUUGUCAUUCAAAAUAUCUAUUAGAAAGAUAUUUUCUUAGGAUGUAGAAUAUGCUAAUGUUCAUUUCCUUUCUCUUACAUAAUUGGAUGGUGCCAAAAACUAAUUUAGCAUUAUUUUACUUUGAAAAUAUUUUGAACUGACUAGCUCUAAAUGGUGAUCAUCAUCCUAAAUAUUGAUCAAAUGAAAGCAAGGAACUGUAGUUGGUCUAGCUUCUAUCCCUGAAUGCCACUUGUUCAACUCUGAGCUAAUCAUUUCACUUUCAGGUGCCUCCAUUUCAUAUUCUAUAAAAUGGCCAUAACAAGGCUAAGCACUAGGCCCUUUUACAAAUUUUCACCCAAAGAUUUCAAAAUCAUUAAAAUCUCCAGAGCCAGCAGGCAUCCAUAUUAAUAUUGUUGCAAAUGACUGAAUGCCAGCUAUUUUAUAUAGCCAGGAAGAAUUAGCAAAUUCAUAAAUUAUGACAAUUGGCAUUUUUAUCCUAACAGCUAUUAAAAAUUUAUUUUAGUAUAAAAUUCUGCCUUAAUUAGAGCCAUUAGCACCCACAAAAAAAAACAAAGAAUGUCUGACUUCCUUCCCCACCGUUUGCAUCCAAAACCAGGGACCCAGGCUAGGCCAAUAGUUUCAUAUGCUGACAUCUCCAAUAAAAGCAUGAGACCUUUUUGACCUAACUAUACAUAUAAAUGAAAACACAAUUCAUGAAUUUGCUAAGUGUUCUUCCUGACUAUGGACGUUAGCCAACUUUUAGCCAUAAAUUAAAUACUCCAGUGAAUGAGGUUGUAUAAAUUUCUCAAAGGCUUUCUUAGCCAGGAUCUAAUUGAUAAUUUCGUUUUCUUGGGUGGGGAGUCUGGAUCCAGUUUUAUGCUGUCUUCCCUCUAGGGGUUGGCCUGGAAAUGUAAUUAUUUCACCUAAAAAGAGGUUUCCUUAGAUAUUAUUCACUCAUUACUAAGGAACAUUCCUUCUAGAAAAUGUUUUUAAAUGCCUCUUUAACAGGUCAAUGUUGACCCAAGGCAUAAUGGGUAGCCUGGAAAGUCCAUUGAGGAAAAAUAACUAGUAGAAGCUUGGGGGAAAUAAUUAUAUAAUCAAAGAUUUAAGACUCAUAAAAGACAAAGAAUUGUGACAAUGAACAGGAAAAUUUAACUAACCUGAUUUCAUAGUAGACCUAACAGGCAUGCAGCCACUAAGGGCAGAUCAAGUGAGGAAGACCUUCAUUGGCCAACAACUGGAAAAUAGCUCAGCUCAUAAAAUGUAUCAAUUUAGUAGAUUUUAGUAAGUGUCUCUAGCAAGUCAAGUACUUUUACAAAAAACAAGGUCUAGUAAUAUCAAGUCCUAUUCACAUCCUCACUUUUAUUAUAAAUGGGUGUUUUUUUUAUAAUUUUUACUGACACUCAGUAACCAUGUAAAAUUGUGCACAACAUAGAUAUAUAUAUUCAUAUAUAUUUAUCAGAUCAUGAUAGACAACUUAACUAGAGAGCACUGCAUACCUAAGUAUAAGAAGUGAUAUUGUUUACAGUGUUCUGUGGACAGUGCCAAAUAAAUGUCAAAGAAACUAACUACACUUCACAAUGUAACUGCUGACCAUAUAUACAAUUCCAUGAAUUAAAUCCAUUUCCUAUGUUAAUCAAUAUUCUUAAAUAAAAUAUUUAUAAUUGAA